CGCAGAGCUUCCUGGUUCCCAGAAGGUGCCGGAGCCGCCGCAACAGGAACUGAGAGCCGGGGGGAGGAGGCGGUGCCGCCGCCGCUCCGCUGCAGUCGCGGCCCGAGCCGGGCGAGCGCAGCGCAGCGCAGCAGCCAUGGGCCGCCGGCCGCAGCAGCAGCAGCAACAGCCCCGGCCGCGGCGGCGCUGAGCGGCCCCCGGCGCUGCCGGGCGAGGGGCCGCCGCGUCCCCGCCCUCCCUGCCGGGCGGGGCGGGGCGCUUCUCCGCGGGGCGCCGGGGCAGCCGCCCGGGCCCGAGAUGAGACCAUGGACAGCAGGUUCAAGGAAAAUCCAGAACGUACCUUUGAUUUGGUACUGAAGGUAAAAUGCCAGACUUCUGAAAAUGAAGAUCCAGUGGUACUGUGGAAGUUCCCGGAGGACUUUGGAGACCAGGAAGUGUUGAACAGCGUUCCGAAGUUCUGCUUUCCUUUUGACAUUGAAAGGGUGUCCCAAAACCAAGUAGGACAGCAUUUUACCUUUGUGCUUACCGACAUUGAAAGUAAACAAAGAUUUGGAUUUUGCCGUCUGACAUCAGGAGGCAAGGUCUGCCUCUGUAUUCUGAGUUACCUACCGUGGUUCGAGGUAUACUACAAGCUGUUAAAUACCCUGGCAGAUUAUUUGGCUAAAGAACAGGAAAAUGACUCAAAUGAUUUGUUAAAAUCAUUGUAUAGCCAUCCUGUGCCAAAGGCAAACGCUCUUGUCAGUUUAAGUGUGAACCAAGAGAUGAUUUUUGCAAGUGAGCAAGUUUUGAAAAAACAGCCUUUUCUUGUAUCGCACUCAUACUUCAUUACUCCUGAUAUAACUGGAUUGCCAACAAUCCCUGAAAGUAGAAACCUCACUGAAUAUUUUGUUGCUGUGGAUGUGAACAACAUGCUGCAACUUUAUGCCAGUAUGUUGCAUGAGAGACGAAUCAUUAUUACCUCUAGCAAACUAAGCACUUUAACUGCUUGUGUUCAUGCAUCAGCUGCGUUGUUGUAUCCGAUGUAUUGGCAACACAUUUACAUCCCAGUGCUUCCUGCCCAUCUUCUGGACUACUGCUGUGCACCAAUGCCAUAUCUAAUUGGCGUCCACUUAAGCUUAAUAGAGAAAGUAAAAAAUAGAUCACUGGAAGAUGUGGUUUUGGUAAAUGUUGACACAAACACUCUAGAAACCCCUUUUAAUGACCUGAACAACCUACCUAGUGAAGUGGUCUCGGCCUUGAAAAAUAAACUGAAAAAGCAGUCUACAGCUACGGGUGAUGGAGUAGCGAAGGCCUUUCUUCGGGCACAGGCAGCACUGUUUGGAUCCUACAGAGAUGCACUAAGAUACAAACCAGGAGAACCUAUCACUUUUUGCGAGAGUAGUUUUGUAAAGCAUCGUUCCAGUACUACUAAACAGUUCCUGGAAACUGCUGUUAAUCUUCAACUGUUUAAACAGUUUAUUGAUGGUCGACUAUCAAAAUUAAAUGCAGGAAGGGGAUUCUCUGAUGCUUUUGAAGAAGAAAUCACAGCAGGAGGCUUUUGUGGAGGAAAUUCAAGAUCUUAUCAGCAGUGGAUGCAUACAGUAAAGAAAGGCGGCGCACUGAUCAACACAGCAAUGACCAAAGCCACUCCGGCUGUGAAAACAGCAUAUAAAUUUGCAAAAAAUCAUGCAAGACAAGGAAUAAAAGAAGUGAAGAGUAAGUUAAAACACAAGGAGAGUGAGGAAGAAUAUGGAACUUGCAGCUCUGGUGCAGUACAGAGUGCUCCUGUCUACACAUUGCAUAAUGAGAAAAGAGGAAACUCAGAAAAACGAAGACUUGCGCAGACACGUUUCAACCAGCAUCUCAGUAACCGUGAUUUUGCAUUGGAUGAAGAUGAUGAUGAAAUGGAUAGAACAAGCAAGUUAUCAUCAGAAGACAGUGAGGAAGCUUCUGCUUACUUUUAUGACAGUGAUGAUUCUGGUGAAACUGGAGUAACUUCUCAGCACCAAGGAGAAAUGGACUUGCUCGGGGAAAUUUUGGACACGCUGAGCACACAUAGUUCAGAUCAAGGAAAGCUCUCAGGAGCAAAGAGCCUGGAUUUCUUUAGAUCAAUGGAUGAUAUUGAUUACAAGACCACGAACAAGUCGAAUGCACCUAGUGAGAGCAACCUUACCCUGCUCUGCAGCAGUAAUGACCAAGCAGACUGGAAUCUCGGUCAGGAUGACAGUGUCCUCCAUGGGAAACAGCUUCCUCCAUCACCAAGGAAGCAAGUUUCUUCUAGUGGCCAUAGAGAAUCUCUCUCAAAACUGGAAGAAGAAAGUAGUGACCAAACUUUUAUUACUGACAAAAUGAACAUCCCUCACGGUUGUGUAACAUCCCCAUCUCCAGUACGAUCAAGUGCACAGUUUGCUUCUCUAGAAGGUUUCCAAGCAGGGUACUCUUCCUGUAAGUAUGCAAAGCAGAAUGCAACACUAAGCAAUACCUCAGAAGAUCAGCUUCCAGCAAGUCUUGCUCAACAUCCAUCCAUUCUGGUCCCUUGGGAAAAAGAUGGGAAAGAAGGAAACGAAACUUCAGAAGAGGGUGGGCUUCUUCAAGAAGUGGUGUCGUUAUGUAAACUGACUUCUGCUUUUCACUAUGGUUUAAAUAUUUCAAAAGAUAAUUUAUCUAGCAGUAGCAGUGGAAAUAAAACGUAAGAAAACUAUGAGAAGAGAAACUUGACUCCCAUCUGAAGUUAAAGGGAGACUACUCAGGACUCCAUAUAACUCCAUAAACAUGAUAACCAAAAGAUGAAAAAGGAAUGAGAGAUCUUCAAUUAUGAGAGUAAUUCUCUUCAGUUGAGUAUGCAUUUUCUGCCAUUGAGACAUCAGCUUCUGUGUUUACCCACUUCAUUUGUUAGCUGUAGUUAGGUCUGUCAGGUGGGACUAAAUAUACAAAUGCACUCUUAAAUCAGGUACUAGUUAGUCUGUGUAUUAAAAAUACAGCGGUGUAUGGUGCUUACUAGCAUUUACUUCCUCUGAGCAGCAGGAAAAGUAUCAUCUAAAAGAUAACCAGGUUCUUGAAGGUACUGUAUUAAUCCUAUUAAGCAUGAAAUGAACCGAACAAUCUAGAUUUGUCUGAAAUGUGCAAAUGUUAAUAUUUGUAAUGAGUAAUUGCCUUAAUCUUUUGAGAAAAGGUUUAAUUAUCUUAGAAGAUGAAUGCAAAUGUGCAAAACAGCAAUAAUGAUUUUCCAUAGCAAGAACUUGUUUCAGCAAAGGGAAAAAAAGGAUGCUUUUUUAGAUUAAAGAAUCACUUGUGAAUAUACCUUGGAAUUCACUGCAAACUGAAACUGUGGCCCUGUCUUCCAGACUUCGGAAAGGUAGUGCAUGCUUUUCUCUUCUGUAAAGUACACGAAGUGCUGAAUUAUAAUGUGAAGUUUGUUAACUUCUGUUUACAACUAAGACACUUUAAAGACAUACUAUCCAGUUUCCCUAGGUAGACUCUUUCAUCUAAAAAUUUUCAGAAGGGUAAAUGUAAGUGGAAUUGAUAGAUUUUUAUUACUUUUUAUUUUCUACAGUUUAAUAAUAGUGUUUGAAAACUGAUUGGUGCCUCUUCUGAACAGUGGUCUUUUGAUUUUUUAGUAGCUACCUUUUUAAAGGUAGCUUGAAUUACUAUAACUUAGAAGUCAUAUUUAGUUAAAUUAUUAAAAAGUCAUGAAUGAAAAUUACUUGUAACACUAGAAAACUAAAAUAAUGAGUUCAGCUUGAGACUGCGUAUAUCCAACUCUCAUUUUAGCCAAAUUGAGCAUUCAAAAAUCUCUUUCCAAAUUCAGUGAAGGAAAUUGCAUGGACUUUAUGUAGAUUGUAUUUAGAAUGAGCGUUUAUCCUUCUUCAGGCAGCAUUCCUGAAGAAUAUUGAGAGUCUAAAAACACAGUUUCCUGCUGCUGUAAGGAACACCUCUUUCUUCUUUUUAUUUUUCCUCCUUUUCCAUUCUCCUCCACUCCACCUUUCCAUACAUUCCUUCCUCCAGAAUAGCUCAGGUUAGGAAAGGUGUGAAGCAAGCUUCGCUAGAUUAUGCUUGUCAGCUUUGAAAGAUAUUUGUGAUGCAGCUGGUAAAAGUAACACAAGGUUAUGAAAAGAACUGUGCCUAAGAAGAAUGGUCUCUUAACUGAUGCCAGAAACCCUUUUUCUUUCUUUCCCUUUUUUGCUCUGAAUGGUUAGUCUUACCCUCAGUGCAGGCCGAAGUGAACCAGGUAGUGAGGUCAGGAGUUAGAGCAGAUUGUGCUUGAAUAUCUUGAUAGCAGUUUGUAGUGAAGUUUAAUAUCAGUUGCCACAUUUAGAUUUAUGAAUGAAUUUUCCUUUUAGCUAAGACAGUUUCGAAGGUUUUUCUUCAGCUGCGUUAUUGCAAGGCUGUUGAUCCAAGUGAAUGGAUCCAUCUCACUAAAGAGGUGAUGUCUGAUGCUCUACCAAAGAGGUUCCGUACGCAGUGGUGUGGGACCUUGCGUUUGUAAAGGCAAAAGUUUCAGCUGUGUGUUCCAAAAUGUGGUCUAUCUGGGGAGAAGAGGGAAGGGCCAGUGCUUGUCAUUGAUGAGAACGGGCCUCUAGAAUUAGUCUUUCUUAAUAAGUGCAAGAAAGGGCUGAGGUUACAAAAGUGUAAAUCUUACAGAAAUGUCUGUGUCUGAUGAGAGACUGAACAUUCCUGAGGGCUUCUGCAAUCUGUGUUGCUGCAGAAUUUCAGUAUUCCUUAGUUGGAAGUUUUAUAUCGAAAGGUUUGUACUCCAAAGAGCUCUCUGUUUAUCUGUCUUAUGAUUUCCUGUCGUAUGUAUCAACACAGUAUGUAAGCUGGAAUUUUUAUUAUCAUAAAAAUGUUAUUUGGCAAACUAUUUUGCUCUAUUAAAAUAAAAAAUGCCAUAAAAAUUAUUUAAAAUCUUAGCUGCAACCUUAUCAGGUGGGUCAGACAGGGUGGCUAGGGUGCUAUUAAAAUAAGAAAGCCGCAGGGCAACCUCAAGGAUGCUUUUUGAAAGGUGACAUUAAUGACUCAGAAGGGGGCAUUCUCCUCCUUUGCUGGUAUUAAGCAAUACCCAAAUGUAGUGCUGCUAACUGUUUGAGAGAGAGAAUGCAAAGGCCUGGGUACUCCUAGCACGUCGUACUCAUUCUCGUUCCUCUAUUUGCAUUUUGCUGACUGGAAUUUCAAGAUUCACCUUUCUUUCCCUCUACAUCUGAUGCAGAGUCUCUGUCCAUAGUUCCAUCUAAGAUAAUAUUUUGUUGUCUUUAUAUAUUAAAGAUAAUUAACAGUAUUAAUGUCUUAAAGGGGAAAAAAAGGAAAAAUUUCAGAAAUUAUGGCCAUGAUUACUUUCGCAUCUGUCAAACACGUAAGUCCAAGAAUGCUGCCUGGUUCAGGAAUGCUGCCAGGGAAUGGUUUUCAAAAAUGCCGAUUUGGUGAAACAAAUUCUACUGGCUUUACCUGAGAGUUGGGUAAUGAACUCCCAUUGUUACCUGAAUUGUCCCAUUCUCACCUUUUUGGAAAAAAAUAUGGAAGCCUUAUAUGUAUAAGGCUGCUAAUAUCCUUAUAAUUGUAAGAAACAUAACAUUGAAAGUUUGAUAAUAGAAUCUUUCAAAAUUGAUGCACCACUAUAAUAAUUCACUCUUUCAUUAAAUGAGAAUGCAGGCUGAGAAGAAGUAGGCAGCUAAGUUCAAAGAUGGAAGGUAAUAUUCAAUUUAGAAUGAUUUUUCUAGUUCAGUUGCCAUUAAUAUAUUAGUUACUGUGCUUAUGCCAUGUUCUUUCAUUAUUUGUACAGCUCGUAGCAUGUUUACAGUCAUUAAAUAGUAUGUCUUUUUUGGUUUUGAACCUUGUAUAUGUUCAAAAAUAACUCCAUCUUAUAUCUGUGUUGAAUUUAACAGUAGGUACAUUUUUAAGUCUGUAAUAUUACAGAGUCUUUUCCACUUACGAUCAGUGAUCUUUUAAAAGGCUAAUAUUUGUGCCUUAUUUAAACAGCAUAACAAGUUACCAAAUAGAUAAAAGUCCAAACUUAUAUUACCGGUUCAACACUGUUCUACUCUGUCCUCAUGAUGGUGUAAGACUGUCUAUUGGCUACAUAUACAAUAUUUUUAUUACCACAUUGGGUCCUAUAGUAAGAUAUAUUGUACAGAUCCAGUACUUUUUAUGAGCUUUAUACCUGUAUGGGUUUUAUUUGUGCAAGUUCUUCUAAUGUCUUUGAAAACCAUCAACAUUUCAUCACCACUUACUAGUGAGAACUGAAUUCUGGUCAGUCAGAAAGCUCCUGUAGUCUCCUUCAGAGGCAUCUGUUCUUUUCAGACAAACCAGGGUCUCAAAAAAUCUUCCCAUUUAAGGGAGAUACUAGGUUAUUUGAUUAAGCUUUGUAAUCUGUUACUUAUACUUAGGAAAAAAUUUCUGACUUAAGGAGUCAAACUGGGACUUGAAUGUAAGAUCUUCCAGUUCAUUUCUCACAGAUACAUGCUUGAAAUGAGCCAUUGCUCAUCUGGUUUGGGAAAAAAAAUAAGGACAAGAGAAGGAGAAAGGGAUUUCUGGAUUGUUCCAGCAGGGUAGUGAAGCAGAGCCUGGGAGUCCAGAGGAGCGAUGAUAACUUUGAGGAAAUGCAGCGUUCAGGGUCCUGUUUACUAUUCUAGCUCAGUUGUAGUGAUUCCAACCUAAUCGUGUAGGCAAAAGUAAUACCGCCUUUACAGCAAAUCCCCUAUGGGACUGAUGGAACGGAUGAUAUGUUGCACCAGUCAAAGCCUUCCCACCCAUCUGCCUAUGCUACACUGUGGAAAAAGGGUGCAGGCAUUCAGGGGUGGACAGCACUGUGGGUGCGAAGGUGAUCCCUAGCCACCCUCUAUGCAUGCAGAGGGCCAUCUGUAGAGAGGGCAGUGGUUUGCUCUUACUUCCAACAUAUUUGGGGGUCAUGUAACUCCUAAGAAUAGAGUUGUUCCGAAGGAAAAAUGUAGUUUUAGAAGUUCUCGUAAAACUUUUUGACUCAAAUCUUCAUUGUUGUUUAGCAUUUCAGUGAUACUGCUGCUGUUUGGCUAAGGGUGGGGUCCUCAGAAAUUCUCAGCACUAGCUGAAGUCCCCUCUCAGGCAUUUUAACACAGACUUCAGUGGGAGUUUUAGACAUGCUGGGUGCUUUCAAAAAUCCUACCUAACAUAUUAAGAGAAAUGUUUUAGAUCUCGAAAAAUCUGUUUUAGAUGUCUUCAGGUUUUUGAAUGAGCUUAUUACAGCCUUGUGUUCUUGAAAACUGCAUAAAUUUUAGGUGAAAGAAAAGUUACACCAAUUUUUUAAACAGCUUCUGUUUUUCCACCUACAAUCAAUCAUAUUCAGUUCUGCAGAACAAUCUUUCAUUGAGGCAGCUGUCAAAUGGAAUUGCUGUGAGCAUCUGAAAUCUUUUCUCUAUGCGUGUAAUCAAUUGAAGAAAAUAUUUCAUGCAAUAAGCAAAGCGCCAGCACGAGGCCCUUUUGCAAAUGCACCCUCAGGGUAAUACUGGCUGUAGUACCCUGUCCAGCAGAGAGGAGAGACUCUAUAGGAAGAUGCCAAGGACGGCCUUUAUUUCUAAGGGAGAUGGUAUAUUGUGUCUUGGUGCCAGACGCUACUCUGGGUGCUGUGAGACUCCAGCCAGCUUUCUCUCAACUGUCUGGAAUUUUAAGCUAAACAAACAUGGAUAAUAAAAACGAUGUCUGAGGCAAGCAGCUUCUUUACUGCAAAGCUCAGAGUGGUCAGGCUGUCGGUUCUCAAGGUGUCAGGGUAAAUCUUUGGAGGAUGAAUGUAGAAAUGCACCAGCAAAGACGGUAUGGAUGGUGGUGUGACUUUAUUGCCUCCAGGAACCUCCUCUUUGCUGCUGUUAGGUGUUUAUGUCUUUGUCGGGUGUUGUUUAUGGGUUGUAGGCUGAUUAGACUGUGUCCUUGUCUUCAUCCCAAGGACAUAAACUACAGAAAGUCUGGAAUUCAUGAUCUUCAGGGUGGUUGAAAAUAAAGGAAUGAAAAAGAGAUGGUGUGUUUUUAAUGUAUAAAAGCUUCCAUGAUCUGCUCUAUGUAAUGCCCAUUUUGCAACUUUAGUUGGUGACCAAUCAAAAAUACUUGAUGGGUCUUUCUAGGAAGCUGCUAAACUUCUGAGCAGAGUUGCCUGAAGAGUCCACAGCCAACUUAAUCUAGAGGGCCGUCCACCAUCUAUGUAGCUGACAGGGCCAUCGCUGUUUUCUGCUGGACCGGAGUACGAAGCAGGCAGCACAGUUGAAAGUUACCCCAAGGUUUACUGCAGUAAAGGGUACUCAAAAAGAAAUUCAUUUGUACCUAUUGCUUAGGUCCGUACUAAAAACAUUUAUGAUUAGCGUUCAGUAGCAGUAUUAGCAUCUGAAAAAUAAGUUGAUUUCAAGUAAGUGGGUGUUAGUUAUGAUUCUGUGUGGAUUGACUUUUUGUUUCUGUUAAAAGUAAGGGAGCUACUGGGAUGGGGGGGUGGGGAAUGUGUUGACUUUCAAAUCUACAGAGAGUUUUGUGCAAUAUUUCUCCUUGUUUCAAAGUAAUUUAGUAGCUGCAAAUGUGUGCAUCUGCCUUUCAAGGAGAUCCUUGAAAUGGUAUUUUUCAGAAAUGUGUAAAAUUACAUGUAGCAUUGAAAUAUGGUUAUAUGAUAAAAACAUGAACAAUAUAUUCUAAUGAUGCAAAUGUAUAUUUCCAAUGAUUAGAAAUGAUUGUGGUUGUCACAUUCUACUAAAAUAAUAUGGCCUAAGCCAAUACAAGUAGUUAAAAUGAAUAGUAAAAACUAUAUCCCACUUAAAUUGAAGUAUAGGUUAAAUAUUAGAAUUUAUGGUAUUUAGUUUAGCAUUUGAUCAUUAGUGUAUCAUUGAUAAAAAGAUCUAUAAGGAGUUGAGCAUUGCUUUUCAGUACCACCGAUGAGGUAACAGUUCAUGGUGAUGACCAUGUACUGUAAGAAUUUAGUUUGUGACAUCCCUAAUUAUUUUAAGUCAUUACUUAAAAGGUCAACUAAUGUUGCCAGUAUUCUUUUAAUUUUUUGUAAAUUAAUUUCCUUGUAUAUUGAUGUACAUUUUGUUUUAAUCUUAAGUUUUCCCUUGAGAACUACUUUAAAUUAAAUUGAAUUACUUGAAUGAGGCAAUAAAGCACUGUAGAACAGCUAGUCUUGGUGCAGCUUGCAAACAAUCACAUCGCAUCUGUUCUUCAUGGUUUUUGAGGAGGAAGAGAAGUUUAAAAUGCUUGUAUGUAUAGCAAACUGACAAUAUGAUUUGUUUUUUUUUUUAAUCUGUGCCAGAGAUUAUGAGAAAUGCCUCAACAUCGAGCAAAGUUAAAUUGCAUAUCCCAAAAUUUCUAAAUUUUAUCAGAACUUCUUAUUAGUGACUUUUGAAAACUCUCUUUAUUAAUGUCUUUAUUGAGAGCCAAUAGUGAUUCCUUUAAUACUUAUAGGAAAGGCAUAAAAUACAGGACAUUUUGAGUUUUUAUUGCUCAUUAUUAUAAUUUUGGAGAUAAAAAAUUAACACUGUCCUAACAUUUAUAAAUUUAGUUAGUCACUGACAUUUAAUAAAACUAGAAUCAGGUUUAGGCAUUUACUCCAUGUUCUUGCAUCCUCUGGACUACUGUUUAAAGUCAUCUCGAGAAUUAUAAUUCAGAUCUUAGACUACUAUCAGUAGUGCACUGUGUAUGUGUAGUAAAUGAGCUGUGAUUUUUGUUUGGGUUUUUUUCUCCUUCCAAGUUUGUGGUGUCAAUAAAAGUUUUUGGUGAACUCCACGUUACCAUAAAGUGCCCAAUACUGUAUUAUAAAAUAAAACUUAACAAUAUCAGAA